AUGGCUGAGAUAAAUCUGUUCGAGAAAUACAGCUACGAAGAGGUUAAGGUCAACAACGUGUCGCUGAGGCCAUACAUAAAUCUAUCUCGCCGAGGAAUAGUUCCCCAUGCAGCUACAACCAUCACCAAGGGAACAACGGGGAAGGCCAGGAUUCCCAUUGCAGAAAGAUUUGUGUGCUCUCUUAUGAGGCAUGGAAGAAACAGUGGGAAAAAAAGACUAGCAAUCAAUAUAUUUGAAGACGCCUGCUUUAUAAUCCAUUCGAUGACAAAGAAAAACCCUCUCCAGGUUCUGGUCGACGCCAUUGUCAACUCCGGGCCUCGGGAGGAUACUGCAAGAAUUGGAAGAGCAGGAUCAAUGAGAAGGACAUCUGUGGAUGUUUCGCCUCUAAAGCGGAUAAGCAUAGCGAUAUCCAAUCUUUCUGCCGGAAUUAGAAAUGCAUCGUUCAGGAACAGAAUAACACUGGCAGAGGCCAUUGCCAAUGAGCUGAUAGCGGCCUCUACAAACUCACAAAACUCCUAUGCAGUUAAUAAGAAGAAAGAAAUCGAGAGAAUAGCCCAAUCCAAUCGUUAA